AUGAAUCCCUAUGGCGAAGAUAAUGAUGACGAUGACAGCGGUGAUGAUGAAGACGACGGAGAUGGUGAUGAUCUUGAUGAUAUUGAUAAUGUCACCAGUGAAUAUGACUACUGUCCAAUUGAACAAGUAACUUUGCGUAUGAAAAUUUUAUGGAGUAAAGAAGAUAUCAUUGUUGGUGAUGAAUCAAAUUCACCUUCUCCCUCUUCAUCAGUGUCAUCGUCGUCCGCCUCGGCCGCGACAGCCUCCUCAUCACCGUCAUCAACAUCAGCGUCGUCGUCUUCUGCUUCUUCACAGUGUGACUUGGAUUAUUACUCCUUACUGGCUAACCGUAAAACUUGCAUCAACCCUGCUCAAAUACAAUCAUAG